CUUAUUUAUUAGCGAAUCACGCACUCUAGAAUUGAAGUCCGAGUCUCGGCGUUACAUAAUAAACGGCACAUAUUGUGCACCAGGCAGCACCGAACCCGGCCAAAGCCGAAGUCCGGCGCCGAGUAAAAGGAAGAGAUGCUGCUGCGUGCUGAAGCUGCGUGCUGAACACCCCAUCACGUUUGAUCUCAUCUGUCGACUCUUUUCUCAUCUCAUCUGCAAUCGACAACAAGCCAUGUUCGGAAAACUCUCCUCUGCUAUCUCAUCAUUCACAAACGGCUCUCUCCCACCUGGCCACCAUGCCCCAGAGCGCGAAAAGGCCAACGCUGCCUUGGCCCAAAAACUUGCCGAGGCUGAUGUGCCAGUGUCGGAGUCUGACUGCGUCUCGUGCGGCUUGCCAUGUCCCGCUGCUGCCGGUAUCGAAAGUGGGGCGGGCACGGUAGUGGAAGCAUACAGUGGGAAACCCUACGAAGAAUAUGUCGAGGAAAAGUAUGGUGAGAUUGAGGGACUGCCUAAAGGGUUCGAGCAAGAUUGGGAGACUGAUUUGGCGGGGAGUGCAAAGGGUGGGAAGGGAAGAGUGGUGGUGAUUUCGACGGGAAAAAGCGAUUGGGAGAGGGAUCAUACAGACGAGAAAGGCUCUCUCGCCCAAUUUCUUAACAAAGUCGUCGAAUCCGCGCCUUCCAUUAAAGGCAACAACAACAAAGACUUCCUCCCAUACAUUUCCUCCUCUCUUUUCCCUCCCCCUUCCCGACCUUUAUCUAGCCCCAUCUCUGCCCCUCCUUCCCUCUACUCCUCCUCGCUUAUCUCCCAAUCCAACGAUCCGACCGAUCAAUCUGUCUUGGUCUUCCCCGACUGGAAAGUCGUGCACGAGGUGGAGACUUCAAAAGAAGGUGCAAAAUGUUUAUAUGAAAGCGUCCUGAGUGGCGAGCUGGGUAGGGCGGGGAAAGAAGGGAAAGGAGAAGAAGGGGUGGAGAGGAGAAGGAGCUGGGUGAUGCCUUAUCGUGCUAUCGUCUUGCUUUGCUCGCACAAACGCCGAGACAAACGAUGCCACAUCGCAGCUCCACUCCUCCGAUCUGCUCUACACACCUGUCUCACUGCACACGAUAUCACAAUAGACGAAACGGGUUCUUCCCUCGUCAAUCUCGAUGGUCCCCCUCUCGAAGAGGUCUCUGGUACAGAGGAGGACCGGGAGCGGGAGAUGGGAAGGCGGAUCAAAGGGAUUGAAGGGGUGAACGGUGGGGAGGGGGGAGAAGUUGGGAUUUUCAAUAUCAAUCAUUUAGGGGGACACAAGUAUGCUGGUGUGAUGCUCAUCCUUUUCCCAUCAGGAGCGUAUAUCUCGUAUGGGAGGGUGACGCCGCAGGAGAUACCGAGGGUGGUGGAAGAUACGAUUUUGAAGGGGAAGAUCGUUCCCGGGUUAUUGAGGAAUGCGGUGGGUGUGACGAGGACGGGGGAAAAGGCAGAUAAGGGGUUCUUGAGUUGGUAGUCGUUACAUAUAUAUAUAUAUAUAUAUAUAUACCUAAUUUAACCCUUACGACUAAAACGAUGAUGAUGAUGGGGUGAAUGCUGUAUAUAUAGGUGGUAAUGAUGAUAUAUUAGACUAGAUCACAUGGGUACAUUGGCGUAUGGUCACAGUUUUAAUCUGUA